AUGUCAACGGGGGGAGCCGACGAGGAUUUCGGGGGGAGUUUGGGGGCGACGCUCACCUCACCCUCUGCCCCUACCCGCGGUCGGAGGGGGGGGGGGCGGGGCGGGCGGGGCGGGCGGGGCUGGCGGGGAGGGAGGGAGGGCCCAGCCCCACGUCCGUGCCCGUGUCCUCCUCCUCCUCCUCCUCUCCCUCCUUUCCCUCCGCCGCCGCCGCCGCCCGUUCCUCCCUCCCGGCGAGGAGUGCGGGGCGCGGGGCGCGCUGGGGCGGGGGCUCGGGGACUUCGGGCCGAAGUUGGCGGCGCGAUGGGGAACGAACGCUGGAAAACCAUGGGAGGAGCCUCGCAACUUGAGGACGGGCAGCAGGAGAAACCGCAGAGGAUGAGCUGUGGCUACGUGCUGUGCACCGUCCUGCUCUCGGUGGCCGUCCUCUUGGCAGUGACAGUGACAGGGGCCAUCCUCUUCAUGAACCACUACCACACACCCGUCACCGAGCCUCCGCCAGUCAUCAGCACCAACCCCGAGGAGGCCAAAGCGUUGGUGACCAUCGAGAAAGCCGACAGCUCCCGCAUCAACAUCUUCAUAGAUCCCAACUGCCCCGACCCGGCGGGCAGCGUCGGGCGCCUGGAGGGGCUGCAGGGCUCCCUGCUGCGCGCCCUCGCCGAGCACGAUGCUGAGGCCAAGGCCACCAAGGGCCAGCAGAAGGCCCUGCUGCUUGGUGUGGCCGACGAGGUGGCCAAGCUGGUGACGCACGCAGCGCAACUGCGAGCUGACUGCGAUGGCCUCAAGAAGGGGCACAGUGCUAUGGGGCAGGAGCUCAGCGCCCUGCAGAGCGAGCAGGGCAGGCUCAUCCAGCUCCUCUCAGAGAGCCAGACCAACAUGGCCAGGCUGGUGAGCUCAGUCAGUGAUGUGCUGGACACGCUGCAGAAGGAGCGUGGCGGCGUCCGGCCCCGGCUCAAGGCUGACCUGCAGCGAGCCCCAGCACGGGGAGCACGGCCUCGUGGCUGCUCCAAUGGCUCCCGGCCCCGGGACUGCUUUGACAUCUAUGUGAGCGGACAGCAAGAGGAUGGGAUUUACUCCAUCUUCCCCACACAUUACCCCUCGGGCUUCCAGGUCUACUGCGACAUGACGACCGACGGGGGCGGCUGGACGGUGUUCCAGCGACGGGAGGACGGCUCUGUGAACUUCUUCCGUGGUUGGGAAGCCUACCGGGACGGCUUUGGGAAGCUGACAGGAGAGCACUGGUUAGGGCUGAAGCGGAUCCACGUGCUGACGGUGCAGGGCAGCUACGAGCUGCGCGUUGACCUGGAGGACUUCGACAACGGCACCGCCUUCGCACACUACGGCAGCUUUGGUGUGGGGCUCUUCUCUGUUGACCCCGAGGAGGACGGGUACCCCAUCUCCAUCGCUGACUACUCGGGGACGGCAGGAGAUUCCUUCCUGAAGCACAACGGGAUGAAGUUCACCACCAAGGACCUGGAUAACGACCACUCAGAGAACAACUGCGCGGCGUUCUACCACGGCGCCUGGUGGUACCGCAACUGCCACACCUCCAACCUCAACGGGCAGUACCUCAAGGGCCACCACAGCUCCUACGCCGAUGGCAUCGAGUGGUCCUCCUGGACCGGCUGGCAGUACUCCCUCAAGUUCACUGAGAUGAAGAUCCGGCCCGUCCGGGAGGAGAAUUAG